UCAGUGACGCCAGUCACGAUGCUGUAUGGCAUCGUACUCUUUCCUUGACCCACAUCCACAACAGAUCUAGCCCCACAUGUCUUACUAUACCCCUAACCCCCCAAGUGCCUACACAUCGAACCCUCCCAAUAACUAUACAUCAAACCCUCCUGGUGCCUAUGGAUCAAACCCUCCCAAUGCCUACGCGUCUAACCUCGGUCGAUACCCCAGUUCCCAACCCAGGCAGUACAUUCAGCAACAGGGUCUUCCAGCUGGCGCUGAUCCCCAGCUCUGGCAGUGGUUCUGCGCUGUCGAUACUGAUCGAUCGGGCGCGCUCAGCGUCACGGAACUUCAAGAUGCCCUGGUGAACGGUAAGUGGACAAAGUUUGAUCUCGAUACGGUCAAGAUGCUCAUGAACAUCUUUGAUACUGAUCGAAGCGGAACCAUCGGCUUCAAUGAAUUUGCUGGAUUAUGGAAAUAUAUCGCCGAAUGGCAACGAGUCUUCAAGCACUUUGACAGGGACCAUUCUGGUUCUAUCGACGGACGUGAACUUGCGGAAGCCCUCCGCAACUUUGGCUACAACCUAUCUCCUCCUUUGUUGCGAGCGCUAGAAAUUCGAUAUGCAUCUGGCGCGCCUAGUGCGUAUGGCCCCCCUCCUGGUAUUACUUUCGACCGCUUCGUGAGAGCGUGUGUGACCGUCAAGACUUUGUCCGAAACAUUCCAAAGGGAGGACCGUGACAAUGACGGCUGGAUUCAACUCAACUAUGAAGAUUUCUUGAAGAUUUCGCUGAGUGCACCUUAACUGGUGAGGACUGUGAUGCAAUGCGAUAAAUAACCUCUGCAUUCGUUGCGGACGUUGGAAAUGUAUGAUAACCUUUUGAAAUACGAUGUUUCAUGUAUAUACAACCUUCACCGUUCUGUAUGUAUGUAUAUGAGCCUCGCCACCGCUUGUAAUUUCAAUUUGCAUGCGUUAUAAGCCCCA